AUGGGUGACCCUUCAUCGUUGCCUGAACUCGCCCCGAAGAUGGGCGACGACAUCUUACAGGGUGUAGCCGAGUUACGGCCCGGCACCCCUCAGGCACGCUCACGCGCCCUGAACCUCCUACUGAAGGAGGCGAGCCGCAUGUUCCCGUCGCCCCAGGCCAGCCAAGAAGGGACACCUAAGCGGCUCUCGCCCACCUUCCUCAAAGGAGCCGCACUGAGAACCCGCAGUGCCCGCAGGAUCCCGCGGCGGCACCUCAAAAUGACCGAGCUGCAAAGCCCGGCCGAACGGGACGACACCACCUCUUCGUCGUCCCCAUCAAGCAGCCGCACGAGCUCCUCGUCGCCAGCUGACGGCGUCGACUCCGCCGCAUCAUCGACGACCAGCAGGCCGUCGUCUCCCUCCGACGGCUCCUCUACCUGCUCGCCGGCAGCCUCCCCCCUGGGCCUCGGAGGCGAAACAAGGGAAGAAGACGAGCCGCCGUCUACCACCGAGGGGGACCCUGGAACGUCUGAGCAACCCCAACCCCGCGACAGCCACACGCCGUCGCCUUCCUCAGCCCCACGUGGGGAGGCGGCGGCGGACGGCACUGCGGGACACGAAGCCGCGGAGCUCGGACGUUCCCCCGCCACCCCACUCGAUGGCGAGCACACGAUGGCCGCCGAGUCACUCCCGCGGGCGGCCGGGGAUGAAGGCGCGGGCGGGUGUCAUGGCGUACCUGCCCCCGACAACGAGAGCAGCACCCCCCGAUCGCCGGCUGCCUCGUCCUCCUCGCGGAUCGCCGGGGCGGACGGCGCUAGGGACCCUAACGGCGCCGCAGGGCAGCAACAGCGCGGCUUCUCUGCAUUCCUGCCACCCAUCCCCGAGGUCGCUGAACCAGAGGAGAGCCGACCCCCGUGCGCCAUCGUGACGGGCGCCAGCCCAGCGGCUGCGCCGGCUUCUGGCACCACGGCGCAUGCGCCGACAAGCCCCUCCCACCUGCGGCCUGUAGCAGACGACGGAGCAAACGGGGGCCCCUCUCCGCUCGCUCCCUCGCAGCGGCUCAGCGCGUCAUCUCCCCCGCGCGCUGCAAAGCAGAAAAAAAAGAAAAAGAAGGGGAAAAACAUCAACAACAGCCGCGCGCGCUCGGGCGCUUCUGCUGCGGGCCAUGACGGCGUGCCCCCGGGGUCGCUGCCGAAAGGCUCUGCCGGAGGCAACCAGACCCAUCUACUGGGGCCGCGCCCAAAGCCCUCCGCACCCUCGAGGGUGCCCGCCACCGUGUCUCCCACGCCAGAGGAUCCGGCCAGCUGCCAAACGGUCCUGUACAGACCUACGAGCAGGAAGGCGCAUUUCCUGGCAACAUCGCGCGAUGCGAUCGCCGCCUUCCUGUCCGGGGUCCCGGGAGCGCACCGGGUGCGAGCCAACAUCCGCCGGAACGUGGUGGCCGUCGACGCGCUUGCGGGAGCGGACCUCACGGCCCUGCUGGCUGUCCGGGUGAUCAGCGACGUGCACGUGAGGGCGAAAGCCCUGGCCCUCAACACGUGCUGUGGCACGCUUUUCGCCGUGGACCCGGCAUUCGACGAGUCCACCAUCAUCGAGGGCCUGGAGUCAUCCGCGCCGGUACUCUCGGCCCCGAGGAACGGCGACGACGCCGUCCUGCGCUUCGCCGGUUCCAUGGUGCCUGCGGCGGUUCACCUCUUCCGACAGCGGCGGGUCGUCUAUCCACGGCUGCCUCGUCCCCUGCAGUGUGGUCGCUGCGGCCUUUUCGGCCACGCCACCGUGACGUGCCAUCGGGAUGAGCGCUGCCUGCGGUGUGCCGGGCGGCACCCCGCGGGUGCCUGCACGGCCGAGCGGGCUCGCUGUCUCCACUGCGGCGGCCCACAUGCUGCCUCGGAGCCGAGCUGCCCCAACUGGCAGCUCGAACGAAGGGUGGCCUGCAUCCUGGACAGCACUCAGCCACGCAUCACGCGUCGCCAGGCGCUCACCAUCGCCCGGAAUGCUGCCCCACCUCCGGCCCCCCCCUCGCAGCGGCGGCCCACCGAAUCACGGGUUCCCGAGCGGCGCCCCUCCGCCCCGGUGCAACCUGGUCGCUCGUUCCGGGACGCCCUGACCGGUGACACUGGAGCACCUACGACCGCCAACAACAGCGGCCCGGCGCAGCCCCCCAGCACCACAACGCAGGACGCGCGCGGGCUAGUCGCAACGACCACCACGACCACCAACAACAGUGCUCCGGCGCGGCCCCCCAGCACCCCAACGCAGGACACGCGCGCGCUGGUCGCAACGGCUCUCGCGUCGGCACUUCGUGCGGCCCUUCACUCGGUACCAGCCGACUCGCCGGUGCGUCACAUGUGUGUGGCGGCACUGGCAAUGCAUGACGCCCUGGCUCAUCAUGGCUAG